AUGAGCUUUGACUCCUCUGUAUCCCCCCCACCUCAGCCCUGCCCCCCUGAGCAUCCAGACCCCCGGGCCCUGCAGUGUUCAGCCUUUGACUCCCAGGAGUUCAUGGGCCAGCUGUACCAAUGGGAGCCCUUCACAGAAGUUCAGGGCUCCCAACGCUGUGAGUUGAACUGCCGUCCUCGUGGCUUCCGCUUCUAUGUCCGUCAUACCGAAAAGGUCCAGGAUGGGACCCUGUGUCAGCCUGGAGCCCUAGACAUCUGUGUGGCCGGACGCUGUCUGAGCCCCGGCUGUGAUGGGAUCCUCGGCUCUGGCAGGCGUCCAGAUGGCUGUGGGGUCUGUGGGGGUGAUGAUUCCACCUGCCGCCUCAUCUCAGGAAACCUCACUGACUGGGGGGGCCCUCUGGGCUAUCAGAAGAUCCUGUCGAUUCCUGCUGGAGCCUCCCAGCUCCAGAUCGCCCAGCUCCGGCCCAGCUCCAACUACCUUGCCCUUCGAGGCCCUGGGGGCCAGUCCAUCAUCAAUGGAAACUGGGCUGUGGAUCCCCCUGGGUCCUACACGGCCAGUGGGACUGUCUUCCUGUACAACCGUCCUUCUCGAGAGGAGGGCAAGGGGGAGAGUCUGUCAGCCAAAGGGCCCACUACCCAGCCUGUGGAUGUCUACGUGAUCUUUCAGGAGGAAAACCCAGGCAUUUUUUAUCAGUAUGUUAUCUCUUCACCUCCUCCAGAUCUUGAGAGCACCACCCCAGAGCCCCACCUCCCCCACCUCCAGCAGGAGAUUUUGAGGGUAGAGCCCCCACCCGCUUUGGCGCCCCGCCCUGCGCGGACCCCAGGCACUCUCCAGCGUCAGGUGCGGAUCCCCCAGAUGCGCGCUCCACCCCAUCCCAGGACUCCCCUGGGGUCUCCGACUGGAUACUGGAAACGAGUGGGACACUCGGAGUGCUCAGCAUCCUGUGGGAAAGGUGUUUGGCGCCCCAUUUUCCUCUGCAUUUCUCGUGAGUCAGGGGAGGAACUGGAUGAACACAGCUGUGCCAUGGGAGCCAGGCCCCCAGACCCCCUGGAGCCCUGCCACGGUCCCCCGUGCCCUCCAUACUGGGAGGCUGGCGAAUGGACAUCCUGCAGCCGCUCCUGUGGCCCUGGCACCCAGCACCGUCAGCUGCGCUGCCGGCAGGAGUUUGGGGGGGGUGGCUCCUCCGUGCCUCCGGAGCGCUGCGGACAUCUCCCCCGGCCCAAUGUCACCCAGCCCUGUCAGCUACGCCUCUGUGGCCAUUGGGAGGUUCGUUCCCCCUGGAGCCAGUGCUCUGUGCGGUGUGGGCGUGGCCAGAGGAGUCGGCAAGUUCGCUGUGUGGGAAACAAUGGUGAUGAAGUGAGCGAGAGGGAGUGUGCAUCAGGCCCUCCACGGCCCUCCAGCAGAGAGGCCUGUGACAUGGGGCCCUGUACUACAGCCUGGUUCCACAGCGACUGGAGCUCCAAGUGCUCAGCCGAGUGUGGCACAGGAAUCCAGCGAAGGUCUGUGGUUUGCCUGGGGAGCGGGGAGGCCCAUGGGGCGGGCCAGGAGGAAUCAGGAGCAGGGACCAGUGAGCAGAGCUGUGCGCCCGGAAGCCGUCCCCCUGACAUGCGUGCCUGCAGCUUAGGACCCUGUGAGAUGACUUGGUGCUGGUACACGGGGCCCUGGGCUGAGUGUUCCUCGGAGUGUGGCUCUGGCACACAGCGUAGAGACAUAAUUUGUGUGUCCAAACUGGGUACUGAGUUCAACGUGACUUCUCCCAGCAACUGUUCCCACCUGCCCAGGCCUCCUGCCCUGCAGCCCUGUCAGGGGCAGGACUGCCAGGACCGGUGGUUUUCCACGCCCUGGAGUCCGUGUUCUCGCUCCUGCCAGGGGGGUGUGCAGACAAGGGAGGUCCAGUGCUUGACCGCCAACCAGACCCUCAGCGUCCGAUGCCCUCCUCACCUGCGGCCAUCCAGGAAACGACCCUGUAACAGCCAGCCCUGCAGCCAGCGCCCCGAUGAUCAGUGCAAGGACAGCUCUCCACAUUGCCCCCUGGUGGUACAGGCCCGUCUCUGCGUCUAUCCCUACUACACAGCCACCUGUUGCCGCUCUUGCGCCCAUGUCCUGGAGCGUUCUCCCCCAGAGCCCGCCUGA